AUGCCAACAAGACUAAUAGACGUGGGGUCUGUUGCUCAGUCUACAGCACGGCUGGUAGAAACCAAAGAUCUUUCAGAGGAAAACAAAAAACGGCCAUAUGUCAUCUUGAGCUACUGCUGGGGAUCAGGGAACGAUCCUGCACGAACAACAAGUCGGAACCUGAGAGGAAGACACAACACGAUAGAGUGCGGCACUCUUCCAAAGUCAAUUCAAGACGCGAUCCGAAUUAUCCGCUUGAUGAAGAUCCAGUAUCUUUGGGUCGAUGCCGUAUGUAUUAUACAGUAUGUUAAAACUCUGAAUGCGCAACAAGAAGACGAUGUGGCAAUGGCCGAUUGGGAGAGGGAGUCAAUGCGCAUGGCAUCUUAUUAUUCCAACUCUGUGUGCUGUAUCGCAGCGUCGAACGCAAAAGACAGCUCAGAAGGAAUACUAAUUGAACGACGAGCAGCGCGGUACGGCUUCAAGAAGUGGUAUAACCCAGCGAACAAAUUCUUACCGUCGCCCUUCGCCUUCAGACGAAGGUUCCCCAGCUCACUGUUCGAACGAGGUUGGUGCCUUCAAGAAUGGAUCCUUUCACCUCGUAUUCUUCACUGGACAGCCAAUGGUUUAAUCUGGGAAUGCUCAAAUGGGUUCUUCUGGGAGGGCCAAAGCGGCUUCGAGGGAGAACCUCCAUAA